AUGCCUCCAGCACACCCGCCCGACGACGUGACAAACACGACGCUCACCCCGCCCCUCCUGCACUCUGCACUUCCUUUUCCCUUUGUCUCAAAGAAGCCUCGCACCCACACCCCAUGCCUACACACUCACCGCUUGCUGUCCAUUACCACUACUACUGCUGCUGCUGCGGCCAUCUAUGUGCCUUACUGCUCACGGCCAGUGUGGCACAGUCAGCCCCCGGCCGAGCGUCACCACUACUUGCUACUUGCUUGCUUCCCUACCCUACCCAACACACAACUAGGUUUCCCUGCGCCCUUGCAAAGUCUCUUUUCGUAUCGUGUCUACGCCAACAGGGUUGCGCACAUUGUCAGCACUAUUUACGGCCUUGCCAGCCAAGUGCUGCCUCUGCUUUUCGUCCCCCAAGAUGCGACGGCCUCAGGAGCUCAAGCUGCAAGCGUCGCAUCUCCAAAAAGGCACGCACUUGGCGUCGAGAAGGGGGCAAAAGCAUCAAGCUUCCCCAAGACUCAUCAAACAAAGCACUCGCCCAUGCAAUGUUUACUCGCGGUCCCGGCUGCAACCCAUGCCGGGGAAUCCGGCCAUGCUCGCGUGCUGCAGAUAAACCCAGCCCGCUAG